AUGCGGAACAGCGCGGAGCAGCCGAGGGCGGAACAGAGGAGGACCCCCUGUGAACUCCUGGCACAGGGCGGCUCAGACUUCCCGGGGAAAGUGCAGGUACUUUCUGAAGGAAGAGCCCUGCCAACCCCCUGGACGCUGGGAGCGCAGGGCCCGCGCAGCCUCAAUUCACCGCGCGGCCAGCGGGUGGCGGUGCUGCCGACCCCGACGGGCAGCAGCCGCUCGCCUCCUGCUGGCGACUCUCAAAGGCGCGGCUUCCUGCAGGUGCACGUGGAGGCAACUCUCCCCGCGAUGCCCCGAGUUGCUAGGAACCCAGAAGCUGAACGCAAGGCUGGUCCUUCAUCCAUGGGCGCUACCUCACAGCCUCCACGUGUACCCUCAGGCCAGAGUGGGAAGCAGUUACUAGGCUGCCUCUCUGAGCACGGGGUGGGGGGAACAGCCCCUCUCCAGCCCUUGAAGCUGCCUGUGCGGGAAACCGGAGCCUUGGACCACGGAGGGGCCUAG